AUGUCGUCCCCGGUACCGCUACUUCGACCGCCUGUGCCAGGUGGCCGAAGCCAAAGCGGGAGCCGCACUCCCCGUCUCACACUCGGCAUUCCUCCUUCGCCCAAUGCUCGCCCAGUGACUGGAGAAGCAGACCCAGCCGCAGAGAUCCCACGAUUCAGUCUGGCCGCAAAGGGCCCGCCAAAAUUAUCCCUAGCCACACCUAUGGGAAGUCAAGGUGCCAUACAAGAAGGAGGAACAAGUUUGAGACCACAAAUACAGCCAUUGAACAUAUCCGCAGUCACGGGAAAUGACAACGCAAGCAGACCGAGAGCUGACAGCUUCCAUAAUGGCAGCGUGCCCGGCUCUGCGUCUUCUUCCACGUAUUCUGCACUCUCCUUCGCUAUGCACGCAAGACAAGGAGGUACCCCUGAUCCCUCGUCAGCAAUCAGCUCAAUCUACUCGGAGGCAAGCAUGGGCGGAGCGUCGAUGGAGAGAGAGUCUUCCGUGGGUGGGCUGUCCAUUGAUUUUGAUAAGCUCAGCAUCGAGAAAGGAAGGCCACUGGAUGUGGAAGAUCUGGAUGAUGAAGGGUGGGGAGCGGCGAGUGAACAGAAGAAAAUCAUUGAACUUGGUUCAUUGGGCGAGGGCGCUGGUGGCGCCGUGACCAGGUGUAUGCUACAAGGCGGCAAGACGAUCUUUGCACUCAAGAUUAUCACAACCAGCCCCGACCCAGAUGUCAAGAAGCAGAUCCUACGAGAGUUGAAGUUCAACAAGAACUGCACGUCUGAAUACAUCUGCCAGUACUACGGUGCAUUUAUGGACAAGUCGUCCAGUACAAUAUCAAUAGCAAUGGAGUUUUGCGAAGGUGGCAGUUUGGACAGUGUCUAUCGCGAAGUAAAGAAACUGGGGGGCCGGACUGGCGAAAAGGUUCUAGGAAAGAUCGCCGAAGGCGUCCUGCAUGGUCUGACCUAUCUCAACACCCGCAAAAUCAUACACAGAGACAUCAAACCCUCGAAUAUCUUGCUCUGCCGCAAUGGCCAGGUCAAGCUCUGCGACUUUGGCGUCAGUGGUGAAUUCGGCACUAAAGGCGAUGCUAACACAUUCAUCGGCACCUCAUAUUACAUGGCUCCUGAACGGAUACAGGGACAAACAUACACCAUCACCUCGGACGUAUGGUCUCUCGGGGUAACACUGCUUGAAGUGGCUCAGCACAGGUUUCCUUUCCCAGCAGAUGGCACAGAAAUGCAGCCUCGCGCUGGCCUCAUCGACCUUUUGACAUAUAUCGUCGCGCAGCCGAUUCCCAAGUUGAAGGACGAACCAGACACCGGCAUCAAGUGGAGCGACACGUUCAAGUAUUUUAUUGAAAGCUGUCUGGAAAAAGAGCCUACCCGGAGAGCCUCGCCGUGGAGGAUGCUAGAUCAUCCCUGGAUGGUGGAGAUGAAAGUAAAGAAGGUCAGCAUGUCGACCUUCCUCAAGCAGGUCUGGGACUGGAAGGAUUGA